AUGGGCAAUAAGCCGAGCUGUGACUCAGUGCAUUACGUGCCAGUCGGUCCAAGAACAUGCGAGAUCGCGAACAGAGGACGCACACAAGCCCUACACCCAAGUCGUUCUACGCAUGCGAACAAAAAGCCCGGACUGUAUUUGACACAGGAUAGUGACGACAUCCUCCCCUUGUCCACGAUGCGUUCACACUCACUGCACGUGACCGAUAGCACGUGGUGUUCCAGUAUUUCCCAAUCAAACACUCUGAAGUCGACUAUUCACGGUUCAGUAGAACAAACAGAUGCACUUUUUGGUACCAAAUCCAUCUCAAAUGAGCUAUCACCGGAAGAGAAGUUUACCAAAUUACGAAAGAAAUGCAAACGAAAUGGUGUAAAGCAAUCGAUAACUUUAGUAAAACAUANUUCCGUACCGCCAGCUGGUAAACCUCCCUUGGAAAUGGAACCGAGAACAAAGGAGACAUUCAAAUCAGGCAGCUCGAAAAGUGUGCGAACCGAGGCGCGCGCAGGCCAGUUCGAAAUGAAAGCAUUGAUGAACUCACAAACCACAGAUGCGACCGGGGACAACCAGGUGGAAUCAGAUCAAACGUUAGAUAUAGUUUCUGUGACCAGUAUGAGUCCGGCCUCUUUGCCACAACCCCCACCAAGAAACGAUCUCACCGCCGGAUCCAGAAAACCAGGAGCGCUAAAAGUAGUUCGUCGUUACAGUUCGUGUUUUCGACUAGUCAAAGGGGAUGGUGAAUAUGUGCGGAAAACAUGUCUGGCCCGAGCUAGUACACUACAGAAGUCGAGUUUGGUAAAGGAAUCGAAAACAGAUCUGAACAGUAUGAAACCGUAUCCGAACGAGCUGAGUCGAGCAGAAAAAGCCGAAUGGAAUAGUCCCACAUCAGAACCGACGAAUCCGACCAAGGAAGCAAAUCCUUCGGAACCGGAUGACUGUGAACUCAACCAGUCCUAUUUUUCCACGGAAUCAAUAAGUCACAUGAAUUUCCUGAUUCGAACGAUGCUACUGGAACAAGACGGUUUGCGUAAACAAUAUCAACUUUUAUCGGACGAGCGAUCCACUCUGGCGGAUGAGGUACAACGAUUGCAUUCCCGUUUAGAUGCAAGUCGUGAUGCCGGUUUGAAAUUGGAGACCGAAAACGGACGCUACAUUAGUGAUGCCCUGAAACACAAAUAUUUACUGGCUGAGAAGACGCAACUUCAGUUAGAGAUCGAUCGUCGAAAAUUGGCUAUUGAAGCUAAGGAAAUGGAACGACGUGAGUUGCUCAUGGAAUUGGAUCGUUUACAGCGUUUGAAAACCUGCUCGGAACGUCAAUAUCAGGAUGCUUUGAUGCAGUCGAAUUUUACCAGUCAACAAUUGCGUGAGAUGAGUGAGAAAUGUUCCAGCAUGGAACUGCAUCAAGACGAUAGUAGUAAGUUGCGCAAGAUGAUGUACAACCUGCAAGAGGUUAUGGGUCGUAUCCGAGUGAUUGCUAGUUUACGACCUACUGUGCACGAGUCAUGUCUGACUUAUUUGAACUCCGCCGAACUGACUUUCACACCACCCAAUCCAAAUGAUAGCAAUCGGAUGUUUUCGAAAAUUCGUCACCCAGAUACGCGUCCGGGUGAAAUUAAUGAACCAGUUCUUUGCCAAUUAUCUCAUGUGAUUUGUCCCGGAUCAUGUGUCCCGCUGGAAAUAUAUAAUGAGUUGAGCAGUACAAUUGAUGGUGUGAGUAACGGGCUAAAUGCUCUGCUUGUCAAUGCUGGUCCCGUUCAAUCGGGUAAAACCACAGCCAUGUUUGGCAGUCGGUUUAAACUGGACAACUGGUCCGAUCUGGGCACAACAAAUUUCCAAACAAAACAACGGACCAACAUCAAAAAGGAUAAAAAAUUGACCAGUUUGAAACAGCUGAUCAAAUCUGGUACAACUGCGUUUGCCGAUUUGAUACAUUCGGAAGAAUUUGCCACAUGUUACGGUCUGGUCGGACUCUGUCUGAUGCAGCUGGUCAAACAGAUCGAGGCUAAAGCAUCCAUUCAUAUUCGCGAAGGGGAAGUCACACGGAAGGAACUGCAAGCUGUAACCGUGUCUGUUCUCACGAUCCCGUUGGACGAUGGAAUCCCGGGAGCAGACCUGAUCGGAAACAAAUCGAUCAAAUGUCCUGCACAAACAUAUGAUGACGAAACCAGUACGGGUACAGAGAAAAAAAAUAAAUCUAUCAAAAUCGAUCUGAAACAACACGCAUUGAACACUCUGGCUGAAGUGAUCACUUUCUGUGACUUCAUACGGCAUCGAAUGCGAUCGAAACGGAGCACAAAAUCGCCCGGUUCAGUGGACUAUUCAACCCGUCAUUAUUUCCCAGCUCACACCGUGAUUAUUAUUCGAAUCAGCCAGCCGGUGAUCAGUGGGAAGCGACCGAAUGCAGCAUGCCCGCACAACGGUCUCCUCAUUCUGGUAGACACAGUCGGUCUGGAUGGCGAUUCAAUGAACACAACGGGAUUAGUUCAUCCCACGCAAAGUGUCGCUCGUCGUCACGCUUUGCACGCGUGGAAAGAUGUGGCCGCAUUGGCACAGAUGAUUAGAGUCAACCCUAACCCGAUCUGGUUUGAACGGAAUCGUCUUCUACGAAUUUUGCGUAGUUGCAUGCUUCAGAACGGGGUAAAUCCCAACACACGGCGAACCGGUUGCACUUUACUGCUCCACUUGCCUUGUGAUCAAAGCCAGGCGUACACGACAAUGCAAUGUUUACGCCUGGGUCUGUGGGUUAUGCAACUGAAUCGACGUCAAAACGAACGACUCCGGUUCCCGCAAGAUCAUAUCGUCACAGAUGGAAAAACUGUUGGCGACGUGGAGACCAAAUUACGCCCGAUCUGUUUGUGGAAGAUCGGUUCCAUUGGUGUGGCAUGUCCACUGGAUUUUAUGCGUGAUCGGUUGAAUCUUUCACAACGCAGUUUGACGAGUUUGGAUCGGACAAGUCGCUGGUCCGUGCAGUAUCCGAUUGUGUCACCCGUGCAGAGCACUUCGUUGAACGAGUCAUCUGAUCCGUCGACAAGAUCCGUGCAAACCAGACGCCAAUCGCAAUCACGACAAAACGCGAUUUCCGGUACAGUCGGAGUAGGUAAAUUGGAAAGAAAUCAAUCAAUACGUUGA